UCUUUUUUUUUUUUAAAGACAGAGUCUCACUUUGUCACCUAGGCCGAAGUGCAGUGGCACAAUCUCGGCUCACUGCAACCUCUGCCUCCCAAGUUCAAGUGAUUCUCCUGCCUCAGCCUCCCAAGUAGCUGGGAUUACCGAACAUGCACCACCAUGCCCAACUCAUUUUUGUAUUUUUAGUAGAGACAGGUUUCACCAUGUUGGCCAGGCUGGUCUCAAACUCCUGGCCUCAAGUGAUCCACCUGCCUUGGCCUCCCACAGUGCUGGGAUUACAGGCUGAGCCACUGUGCCCGACCUACAGCAUCUUUUUAAGAGCAAUGUUUUCUGUUUUAAUGUGGCCAAGCAAACUCUAAAUGAACACGGUCUGACAAAAUUGUGUAGUGACAUACUUGACAACUGGGUGAGCUUGAGUGUGAUACUUAUUUGACCAUACGGUAUUUCCUCUAUAUGUUUCCUUAUCUUUAUAUACAAAAAAGGGCAAAUGAUAAUGUCUUAGUCAUAGCAUCAAGUACAACCCAAGUGCUUACUGUUACACUCUACUUGGCAAAUUCUACCUGUUGAAUGUUUCUUAAUAUACAAACCUAAUCUAAACCAAGAUAAACUACAGGUGCAUAUUAACAGUCUUUACUCGUAAAGCACUUUGCAUAUUUUUACAUACUUUUCUUCAAGAUGCAAAAAACACCAUCAAACUGGCUUAUUUUCAUAGAUGUCUUUAUAUAGUCUAUGAUGUCUUCAUUCCAUAAAAAACCCACACGAUUAAAUAUAAAAUUAAUGUACCCAGCUAUGAGGCUACCGCAUUCUCUAACGCAAGAACAAGAAAAUACAUGAAUCAGAGAACUGCAAUUACCUACUUGCUGGUCUAUUUCCUCAUUAGAGUGAAUUGUUUGAGGACUAAAUUGGAUUUCUGUAUCACUAAUGCUUACCCUCUAUCUCACUGGCUCUGUGUGUUUGAGUGCAUGAGCUGAAUGUUUAUAUCACUUAAUUUCUGUUCGGCACACAUUGUCUCUUAGCAGCAGGAGAUCUGGCCUUAGAGCUAAGGAAAGAAGGCCUUUCUAACCCAUAAGGGGUACUAAUCCUGUACAGACUCCAAUAUCUCCCAGGCUGCGUACACGCAGGUUCACACCCAGGUGUGAGCAAGAUUGCCAAACUAUACCUAUAAGGCGUUCGGAGGAGAGAGUCCGAAAGUCAUGAGACCUGGCUAAUUUAGCUCCUAUUUCACAACAACCCUGAUCGUGGUCGGACUUGUUUCUAGGAAGAUGCGACGGGCUGGAAUUUCCUUCAAGAACAGAUUGCAAAAGGCAGCCGACCAGGGCGUGGCAGGUCACUGCCAAGGGAAGCAGCAGCAGAAACCGUCGCCUCCGGCUUAGGCUACGGAGCGGGAACCCGAUUCUCUGUUUCUGCCUAAACACGCAGAACAAAAGAGUUAGUGGCUGCAAGGGUGGUGCGCGGUACUAUUUCUUGCUAAUAAAAGGUCCCCACAGGGACAUUUUUGCUAUGACUGCAGGCGUGGCCAGUCCUCCUGCACAGCUUCCGGGAAGGGGUGGGGAUAGGAGGCUCGCCCCGGGGAAGGUCAUGCUUGGGGUCCCAGACCAGGUCUCCGCAAGCCCCUGCCCAGUCGCCUCCCGGGAGCGGCCGCCCUCCCCGUUGGCUGCGGACGGGAAGGCACCCGAAGUCUCCGCGCCGACAGCCGGACCGCACGCGGGGAAAAGCGAACCGCGCGCCCGGGCGUGGCCGAAGCGCUUCCUGUGCCAGGUUUCCGGCUCCGGGUCUUGGGAGGAGGAUCGCGGGCCAGAGGCGGAGCCGCCGCCCUGCCGCGACUUUCAGACUCCGACCAUGGCCUCGCGCUGGUGGCGGUGGCGGCGCGGCUGCUCCUGGAGGUCGGCGGCGCGGAGCCCCGGGCCCAGCUCCCCCGGCCUUGCGGGACCGCCGGGACCGCGCGCCGCUGCCGACGCCCUCGCGCAGGUUCAUAGGUGGAAGGGACUUGACUUGUCUCAGAUACCCUAUAUUAAUGUUGUGAAGCAUUUAACAUCUGCCUGUCCAAAUGUAUAUAGUAUAUCACGGUUUCAUCACACAACCCCAGACAGUAAAACACACAGUGGUGAAAAAUACACCGAUCCUUUCAAACUCGGUUGGAGAGACUUGAAAGGUCUGUAUGAGGAUAUUAGAAAGGAACUGCUUAUAUCAACAUCAGAACUUAAGGAAAUGUCUGAGUACUACUUUGAUGGAAAAGGGAAAGCCUUUCGACCAAUUAUUGUGGCACUAAUGGCCCGAGCAUGCAAUAUUCAUCAUAACAACUCCCGACAUGUGCAAGCCAGCCAGCGCACCAUAGCCUUAAUUGCAGAAAUGAUCCACACUGCUAGUCUGGUUCAUGAUGACGUUAUUGACGAUGCAAGUUCUCGAAGAGGAAAACACACAGUUAAUAAGAUCUGGGGUGAAAAGAAGGCUGUUCUUGCUGGAGAUUUAAUUCUUUCUGCAGCAUCUAUAGCUCUGGCACGAAUUGGAAAUACAACUGUUAUAUCUAUUUUAACCCAAGUUAUUGAAGAUUUGGUGCGUGGUGAAUUUCUUCAGCUCGGGUCAAAAGAAAAUGAGAGUGAAAGAUUUGCACACUACCUUGAGAAGACCUUCAAGAAGACCGCCAGCCUGAUAGCCAACAGUUGUAAAGCAGUCUCUGUUCUAGGAUGUCCCGACCCAGUGGUGCAUGAGAUCGCCUAUCAGUACGGAAAAAAUGUAGGAAUAGCUUUUCAGCUAAUAGAUGAUGUGUUGGACUUCACCUCAUGUUCUGACCAGAUGGGCAAACCAACAUCAGCUGAUCUGAAGCUCGGGUUAGCCACUGGUCCUGUCCUGUUUGCCUGUCAGCAGUUCCCAGAAAUGAAUGCUAUGAUCAUGCGACGGUUCAGUUUGCCAGGAGAUGUAGACAGAGCUCGACAGUAUGUAUUACAGAGUGAUGGUGUGCAACAAACAACCUACCUCGCCCAGCAGUACUGCCAUGAAGCAAUAAGAGAGAUCAGUAAACUUCGACCAUCCCCAGAAAGAGAUGCCCUCAUUCAGCUUUCAGAAAUUGUACUCACAAGAGAUAAAUGACAACUCUUUCUGUUCUUUCUGGCAGCUAUCUAUCUUACCAGACUGUGCCUAAAGAAUUUUGUGGAAUACACUUUGUUUGCUUCAUGUGCAGAUAACCAAAAAUCAUUUUAAAAGAUAUCAAACUUAUUGAUGGGCAAUUUAUUUUUUUUAUUGCAAAAGUUUUUUCAGAAAACUUUUUAAAUGUAAUUAAACUAUCUGAAUCUGUCAUUCUAGUCCUAUAAAUUAUAAUCAAGGUAUCUUGAUGGUUAUAUGUGGUAUUGUUUACACUGUUAAUAUCCACAUGUAAGGCCAUUACACAAAUAAAUAACUGAUGUUAAAAUUCAAA